AUGGUGCUAUAUUUUGGCUGCGGUUUGCUUCUGCUUAUGUUACUUGGUCUGCCGGGCCUAUCGCUCGGGGACUUGGUAUUCCAUUGUCCGAAGUGCACUGCGGAGCGCCAAACUGCAUGUCCUGAGCUCACCAUCAACUGUACUGAGAUAGUCAGGGAGCCCGCCUGUGGCUGCUGUCCGGUGUGUGCCCGGUUAGAAGGUGAAUUCUGUGGCGUCUACACACCGAGGUGUUCCACAGGGCUGCGUUGUUAUCCCACUGCAGAUUCAAAAUUGCCCUUGGAGCAGCUGGUUCAGGGGUUAGGGCGAUGCUCACAAAAAGUGGACCCAGUGCCCAACCGCACUCAAGAGCAUCAGGGCACGAGUGAGGAGCUGCAGGGUACUGAGGGCCCCACUCAGAAGAAGCUGACCAAAGAUGUCAGGAUCUGGAUAUUGUCCAAAGAUCAGGCCAUAAGGCAGGCCCAGAACGAGCUCAAAACCAAGAUGAAGAACAACAACUGUGCCGAGGAACCUAAGACCCAAGAGCCCAUGAAGGGCCCUUGUAAACAGGAGCUGGAGAAGGUGCUGGAGGAGAUCUCCAAGAUGAGCUUCCAUGAUAACAGGGGACCAGUUGAGAAUCUGUACCAACUCAAAUUCCCCAACUGUGAAAAGAUAGGCCAGUACAAUCUCAAACAGUGCCACAUCUCCACCCACGGUCAGCGGGGCGAGUGCUGGUGCGUUAACCCCUUCACUGGUGUCCAGAUCGCCCAGUCCACCAAGGUGCGGGGGGACCCCAACUGCAGCCAGUAUGUGGAGGAGCAGGAGAUGGAGACUGGAACACAGUCCACUACCAUCCUGCAGAUGGCAGAGAUAU